AUGCUCUAUUUGUUAUGGUUUUUUAUAUCAGCGGUGUGGGCUUCGCUCGAUCUUGAAGAUUGGGACGAAUUUGGAAUCCCUGCGCAUUCCGGUGAUCUCUCAACGUUCCAAUUUCAGGACCGGUCAUUUUUCAACUCGGGCAUGAUUGAAGAAUGGACCCCCGUACGAUCAACUAUUGCGCCCGGUGAUCGCCAAUAUUUCACUUUCCCGGUCAAUUCCAGCUAUUCACGUAUUAUGUCAAGUCUCGAUAUGCUUGUAUUUCUAAGUGGCAAUGUGAACACACAAGCACCGGAGCUUUUCCACUCGUAUUCUGACCUGGCACUUGCUGUUUACUACACAUUCGACGAAUCCGUUCUCUCUAACAUUACCGAGACCGGGAAUCUAGCGCUUUUCCAGGCGGGAUAUUUCGAAGCCCUCGCACUGCGACCGCUAAACCAGAAUGAUAACUCCACUGAAUACUCCAAUCUUUUCCUAGUGGUUGACGUUUACAACAUGACAUCCAAAUCCGUUGUGGUGCCGUCACAAGCCACUGAAUCACUUUUUUGGAAUUAUACGCUAAGCAUAUCGCAGUAUGAUUUGGUUUUCCAAUGGGACAAUCGUGCUUGGAUAGAAUUGGUCGACUCCGAUUAUGAUUCUGCUCUACUAGUGACAGGAAACGUAACGCAGAGUAGUACUAGCGCCAAUUACUCGAUAUACGAUACCGCAUUGUACGACCUUUACCUCUAUUCCUAUUCCGACAUUGAUUACUUCGACAAUUCUUUGACACAUUCACUUGGUGCUGUGCGAAACGGGCCCUACUUAGUAUCAUCUGCGAAAAAUACUAGCGCGGCGUAUGGCUAUGGGGCUAACAAUUCCACAGGAUUAGCAAUUCAAAAGUCCAUUACUGUUAGAGAAGGUUCCGUGAAGGAGCAAUUUCACAUAACAGGUUUGAACGCAUCGACAACUUAUGUCGUCUAUCUAACCAAAAAGAUUUCAGAUAAUCAAAACGUUUUAAGCUCAGAUGGUGGUGUUUUAUUUUCCAAAUCUACGUUCACCACCUUAAGUGACAAUUCUUGCUCGCUCAUAUUCGGUUUAGAUUUCUGCGAUGGAGUUGCGUAUUCAGUGCCGACUUCAAGUCUCGCCAUAGGAAAUAAGACGGCUAACGCGAUCAUGUAUGAUGACAUUGCAAAGUCUCUGUACGCUAAUUUCAGUAAAGCAUUGCAGAUCAUACCCUGCGACACAGAGGAUGAUGCCAAAUUUUCCCCGCUAAGGUCUUGUGACGAUUGUGCCGAAGCCUAUAGAAAUUGGCUUUGUGCUGUGAGCAUACCGCGUUGCACGACAUUGCAAUCCAAGUACUUCAUUCACAGGAAAAAAGACGAUAAUAGAAACGAGUACUUGAACCAACAAAUACAGCCAUUGAAUGACUAUUUUGAAGUCUUGCCUUGUGUUGAUAUGUGCUAUAGCCUCGUGACAGAUUGUCCGCCUGACUUCCAGUUUUCAUGCCCCAGCAAAACGUCUCAUUCGGAACUAUUUUAUCUCAGUUACAACGUUUUCCAAAAUGGUGAACCUUUCGAUACGUGCAACUAUGUGGGAUCUUCUAAAAACUUACAUAUCAUUGAAGGGUAG